AUGAACUUGAAUGGACCAUUCACCGGACCAGGAGAACUCGAUGGUACCCUUGUGGAUGAUGUCUGCCUCAUGUGUCGACAAUCUCCCAAACAAAGCUACAGCCAUUUCUGUGGGAAGACAUGUGCAAUGAGAGCAGAAAGCGUGGCUCCCUUGCUUUUAGAAGUUCCAAGAAAUCAUGUUACUUUCACCAGCGUUCAAAAUCAAUUGACACAGUCUUGGCGACAUCCUGAUCCUGACAAGCCCUGCCCAAAUCUACAAGCGGUGUACAAGAUCGUCGAGCCAAAGGCAUUUGUAGCCGAUUACGAUAAAUAUCGUGCUGAGGUGGAAGCAAAAGGUAAUUUCGUGUCUCAGGGGAGAACGGCAGGUAACGAAUGUCGGAGGUGGCAUGGGACUCGACGUGGAUGCAACCUUGGAGAUUUCGGUCAAACACAACUUUGCUCUACGGGAAAUUGUCCUUUAUGUAGCAUCAUCCGUACUUCCUUCGAUCUGAAAUACUCUGGAAAUAACUUUGGAUGGGAAAGAUUCGGAAUGGGUAUAUACACGUCCUCCACAGCAUCCAAAUCGAAUGACUACGUCAAGACAACAUCGCAGUCUCUGUGGAAAGCCCUUCUUCUAGUUAAGGUCGUUGUUGGAAAGGCAAUCAAAAUGAAGUCAGACAGCCGUCAGCUGACAUCCCCACCUUCUGGAUAUGAUGCAGUCAUUGGUGAGCCAGGCGGUGCUCUCAACUAUGAUGAGCUAGUUGUGUAUCGAAAUGAUGCGAUCCGGCCAUCAUUUCUCGUGAUGUACUCCUAAGCAGCAGUUCAAUAUGCAACUUUCUCGUUGGACUGUUCUUUAGUCUAGUCCCAUACACCUGUCAAUGCGUUUGCACCUUGCGUCGUGUAUGUCAUAUG